GACCCGGCACUGCUGGGACGGUGAGCACCGAGCCGGGUGGUUGGGGCUGGGCAGGGCCCUCGUUCCUCGCCCGGAGCCCCGCUCCACCCUGCCCCUCCACCUGUCGGUGGGCGGUUUCCGAGGAGCCUCGGCCUCCACAGCUUACAUGUGAGCAUGAGUCUUCUUAUGAUUAGUGAGAAUGUAAAAUUGGCUCGUGAAUAUGCGUUAUUGGGAAACUAUGACUCUGCGAUGGUCUAUUACCAGGGAGUUCUUGACCAAAUGAACAAGUAUCUAUACUCAGUCAAAGAUACAUACCUCCAGCAGAAAUGGCAACAGGUGUGGCAGGAAAUAAAUGUGGAAGCUAAACAUGUUAAGGAUAUCAUGAAAACACUAGAGAGCUUUAAAUUAGACAGUUCUCCAUUGAAAGCUGCACAACAUGAGCUUCCAGCUUCUGAGGGAGAAGUCUGGUCCUUGCCUGUACCUGUUGAACGAAGACCCUCACCAGGUCCUAGAAAACGCCAAUCUUCUCAAAACAGUGACCCUAAAGCACACAGUAACCGUCCAAGUACAACUGUCAGAGUUCACCGUCCAUCUGCACACAAUCUUCAAAAUGACAGAGGGAAAGCUGUGCGUUGCCGGGAAAAGAAAGAACAGAAUAAAGGAAGAGAGGAAAAGAACAAAUCACCUGCCGCAGUUACAGAACCAGAAACCAAUAAAUUUGAUAGUACUGGAUAUGAUAAGGACUUAGUAGAAGCUUUGGAAAGAGAUAUAAUUUCUCAGAAUCCCAAUGUUCGAUGGGAUGAUAUUGCUGAUUUGGUAGAGGCUAAAAAGUUGCUUAAGGAAGCUGUGGUGUUACCAAUGUGGAUGCCAGAAUUCUUUAAGGGCAUCAGGAGACCGUGGAAAGGAGUGUUGAUGGUUGGCCCACCUGGCACGGGAAAGACCCUCCUUGCUAAAGCAGUAGCUACAGAAUGCAAGACAACAUUCUUCAAUGUCUCUUCAUCAACGCUGACUUCUAAAUACAGAGGAGAGUCUGAGAAGCUUGUUCGUCUUCUGUUCGAAAUGGCUCGAUUUUAUUCUCCAGCCACCAUAUUUAUUGAUGAGAUUGAUUCCAUUUGUAGUCGCAGAGGGACUUCUGAAGAGCACGAAGCAAGCAGGAGGGUGAAAGCCGAGCUGCUGGUUCAAAUGGAUGGUGUUGGAGGUGCUUCUGAAAAUGAUGAUCCUUCCAAAAUGGUUAUGGUUCUGGCAGCUACUAAUUUUCCCUGGGAUAUUGAUGAGGCUUUAAGACGACGUCUUGAAAAAAGAAUCUAUAUUCCAUUACCAUCAGCGAAAGGCAGGGAGGAGCUACUGCGGAUAAGCCUCCGUGAGCUGGAACUGGCUGAGGAUGUGGACCUCACACGUAUAGCAGAAAAUAUGGAAGGCUAUUCCGGUGCCGACAUUACCAACGUGUGCAGACAUAGAAAACAGAGCCUCAAGAAGCCGGAGUGCCUUGCUGUGGUCCCUCCCACUGGUAAGGAGAAAAGGCAGGAUAGGGAUCUACUGACUGCGAAGCCUGUGCACUCCAAUUGGCCAUGUAGCCUUCUACAUUGUUCUCACCACAGUCUACAAGCUUAUGCUGAAUGGAUGAAAUAAGACCCUGUCAUCAUUUGGAGUCAGAACUGGUCAUUUCUAGCAACUUAGUGAGGAAGGACAGAAAAUAGUGUGACCAACUGGGUGACUUUAAGAUCUACAUUAUAUGCUAUUAUUUAUUCUAUAAUAUGGAGAUAGUACAUUUCACAGGGCUGUUAUUAUUAAAAACAGGCAAAAUGAAGCAUCUCUCCUUUACUCUCUACUGCCAUGCUUCUCCCAUACAUCCGUAUCUAUUUAGCCUACACAUAAAGUGGCUUUAAAAACUUGCCAUAACUUUCUUGGACAAUGUGUUUAAAAUGAUGGGUUGCAAUAAAAACCUUACUGAUAAAACAGAAUAGAAGGUAUCUAUCACAUGGAGUAAAGAUAAGUACUAUAUGAACUAGGUCACACUGUAAAAUAUAAGUCAAUAGGGUAAUGGUUAAAAAAAAAAGAAAAAAAAAGGCAAACAUUACUG